UUGUCGGACAUAUUUUCCGGUUAAGAAUAUACAGAGAUCCCAUGCAGUCCAUAUACUCAAACUAAUCACAUAGAAUUACUCCACUCACGAUUAGAGUAUAGGGAUCUCCAGGACCCCAGUUCCCAAGUCCAUGAAGCAGCAUUGCUGAAUUUGGAUGUCUAGCAUAAAAAUGUGUUGUUCUGUAGAUCAAAGAAAUACUAAUCAAAUAUAACUGAAGUAGGAAUUGGAGAAUAGAGUUUUUUAAAUGUAUACAGAUCUGUAUUUAUAACUGAAAGUAGGUGGACCAUCCUGAUGUAGAUUACGAUGACAGUUGUGAACUUUGGAUUAAGAACAUGGAGGUUUUGAGCGAUUGCUGUGAAAAUAAUAUUAGUUCCAGCUCAAAGAAACAAUUCAGUAAAGAAACAACUUCAAUAAAACAACCAGAAGCGGUUUUAGAUGAUGUAUAUUAUCGUUCACUUAAGUUAGUUGACAUAUUUGUGUGUACAAUUAAAGACAAAAAGAAGACCUCAGAAAUAGUGAAAAACAUUUGUAAACAUUUACCUUUGGACAAGUUAUCCCACCUGAAAAGAGUCAGAUCCAAUACAAAUCAAGCCAACGAAUUGCAGAUAAUUGUUGCUGAGAAUUAUGAAGAUGAUUUCUUGACUGAUAUCUGGACAGAUUUGUGUGAAAAGAAUUCAGUCUAUUGUCAUGUUAGUAAACCAUAUAUGGUAAAAGUACCUAAAUUACCUCCCUUGACCAGACAACAGUAUAACAAUGCAGUACAAUAUUGGCCAUGUAGUUUCCAUGAAGAUAAAAGGAUAACCAAACUUUUGAACAGAAGCUUUUUCAGUACAGAAGAAGUGAAUCUUAUAAAUAAGAACAUGGAAGAAGCUAUUUCUGUUGCCAAGUCUUCAGCUUACCAGUUACAUAUAGGAGCUGUGAUAGUAGAUCCCCAGUCGGACACAAUAAUAGCAAAGUCAUGUGACUUGCGACAAGGAAAACAUCCUCUUCAGCAUGCUGUAAUGGUGGCAAUAGAUCAGGUGGCCACAGUUCAAGGGGGUGGAAUGUGGCAAUUAUCAGAUAAAUGUUGCAACAAUUUACAAAAAGAAUUCUGUUGCAUACAGAAGAAAGACAAAACAGGCCCCUAUUUGUGUACUGGUUAUGACUUGUAUGUUACCACAGAACCAUGCAUUAUGUGUGCAAUGGCUUUAGUACAUUCCAGAAUAUCAAGGGUUUUCUAUGGGAGCCCACAUCCAGAAGGUGCUUUAGGAUCUAAAUAUAAACUUCAUGUACAGUCUGGUAUCAAUCAUCAUUAUGAAGUAUUCUGUGAUGUCCUCCAGGACAGGUGCAACAAACUGAUGAAUGACAUUACUUGACCUACUGAAUUAAAAAAUUUACACCAGUAUGGUUUUACUUUGAAAUCCUACAUGUCAUCCGGUAAUUAGGUAUUCUGCGAUGUUCACCAGGUCAGCUGUGAGAAUCUAUCAUCUGACAUUACUCGGAUGUACUAAUAUAAACAUGUUCAAGGUAACCACAAAAUUGUUUCCUUGAAAAAAUGUGUAAUAGAAUAUAUUAUAUAAAACUGUGAAACUGUGAGAAUAAAUACAUUGUUCCCAUAAUGUUGCUGUAACAACCAAAGAGAUGAAAAUUAAAAUUACCAUUGCAAUAAUUUAAAGUUUUAUUGAAAUCCUGAGUUGCCUGAUAAUAUGAACAGAUAAGAACAGGCUUUUGUUCAUUCUGGUGAAAAAAGAAAUGCCCAAUUAUGUUAUUUGUUAAUGUUUGGUUUUGAAUAAAAGCCUUGAUACUUGAA